AUGAAAGAUAUUUUGCUGGGCAUACCCUGUGAUGAAGAUUCCAGACAUACGGCUGUCUUCUAUUGCACCGUUUGCGAUAGUAAUAUGUGUAGCGAAUGCUCGCAACGUACCCAUACUGGUCGAGUGCUUUCGAAACACUGUCGUGUACGGGUGAGCGAGAAACCUUUGUCCCGAACGAUGUGCCCCUAUCAUUCAGCCUAUGCCAUAGAAUUCGUUUGUCAGGAAGUGGAAUGUUUGGAAAGUAAUCGUUUGAUGUGCUUACUCUGUCGUGAUUACGGGAGGCAUCUGAACCAUCGACAUUCGUUACUUGAAGUGGAAGCAGCUGGACUGAGAGAACGCGUUCGAGAGGCACUUUCGGAUUUCCGAAGUUUCAUCAACGAUCUCAAUGCUUGGAACAUCAGAGGAUCUCAUGCAAUUGCUCGGCGCCAAGUUGAAGCACAUUUUCGACGAUUGCGUGAAGAACUUGAUGAUCAGGAACAAACGGCACUGGCGCGACUUGAUACACACGUAUCUGAUCGAAUUGACACACUGCGGCAGCAUCAGCAAGAGCUUGCUUUCAUAACAUCACAGGUUACGGCAGUAUCGGCACAGCUGCAGGAAAGCUCCGAAAUGGACGAUGCGCGAUUGAUCGAGCAGCAAACUGAUCUGAUCAAAAUGUUGGACGCGGUGCGCACCCAUCAGAGUGACAUUGCAUCCGCACCAAAAUACGAAAUUUGA